ACAGCGGUCUUUCCCGAUUGUCAAGGAAGGGAAGUAACUCUAAACUUUGUUGUUGUGUGCAACGGAAGUUAGGAGAAAGAAACUUGUUGAAAAUGUUCAUUUUAUUGUUCCAACACCGCGUUAGGGUCUUAUGACAUUGGGAAACGCUUUUUGUCAUCUGGAAUGAUGGUAUUCAUGCAACACUGACGUGGACUGUGAGAAGUUUUGUCCGUGACAAGGAUGAGUCGUGCUUCAUCCAUCCUACAGCGGGUCAACUCUCAGCUGAGAGGGGAGAGAGUGCCACUAAAGUCUAAGGAGGAGGAUGAGCUCUCAACCUACCUGAGCACUUUGGCACAGAAAACCGGACAGGCUAGUAAGUCAGUGAAUUUUGAGGACUUAGGUGAAAAUAUUUCAAUAUCCAGUGAAAGUAACUUACAAAAGACACCUCGAGGUCGUAUUGGAACACCACCAUUAAGGCAAGCUGCCAGUCGAUUCUUGAAGAAAAAGAAACCAGAUACAGAAGAAGUUGACCAAUCAAAUGUCACAACACCUAACAUGUCCCCGCGGGGUCCAAGACGUUCAUAUCGCCCAGCGACAUCCGUCCCAAAUGCAUCGCCUCAGAAAUCGACACCCCUUGCCAAGGCUAAAGCAAUAACUAACAAAAUCAACGACAGGGCUGUUGUUGGCAAUAAACGAGGAACAUAUUUUGAAACUGACACUGAUGACAGCGUGAGUCUUGCUAAUUAUAUGCAAUAUGCGUCAGCUGAUCAACUGAAAUCGGCAUCAGAAAAGAGUGUCGGGAGAGACGGAAAUAGAUUUUUGAAGAAAACAAAAGCGGAGAAGCCAUUUGAAGAGGGUGAAAAUGUAUACAUGGAAAAAAUUGAGGCACCUCGUCCAUCAUCCCCAGCCAAGGGACAGCGCCGACCGUUUGCAGAUAGAGAUACCUCCAAACCUUCUACUGGAACAGCUGUUCCGGAGUAUGCCAACAAGGGCCAGGUGAAGUAUUUAGGCAACAUCCACCUGACCUCCGAGGAGGAGAGCAUGGCAGACUUCAUCAACAGGUUGUCUUCUGCUGACGACGCCAAGAGGAAGAAGAAAACAAAGAGGCAGUCCAGAGGUCAUGACCUCCCAUCCUCCGAUCUCUCCCUCAUGAGAACACCAUCCCCUCCAACACAGACUCCUCGGCGGGUUCCAUCUCCAAUCUAUGGACACCGACUGUCAAGGUCACCCUCCCAGGACUCAGAUAAUGUGGACUCCAUCCACAGUGAGGUGGCUGACACACAGGAGACGGAGAGCUCUGGCAACAUAUUCAACACUGUCAACUUAAUGGACUUGGAUUCUUUGGAACCUCUUGCCCUGUCUCCUGAGCCAUCAGAGAAGAAGAAGAAGAAGAAAUCAUCGAAAAAGAAAUCUGAACAAAAGGAAUCCAAAUCCAAAACAAAACAAAAAUCUAAAGAGUCUUCAAGUGUUUUCAAAGCAUCUGGGAAAGAAGACAUAUUCAAGGCAAAAGGUUCUUCCAAAAAGUCUAAAGAGGCGCCGCACAAAACUGACUCUGUUUUUAACAAUCUGGGACUUCAUACUGUUGAUGAACUGCUCGGUGCUUCUGAAGCUAAGGAGGAGAGUAUAGUGUCUGAAGCUUCAGAAAUAGUGACAGAAAAGUCAGAUAUUUUCGCUGCUCGGAAGAGAAAAGAUUCCAUGUCCUCAAUUGCAACAGAGAUAGGUGUGGAUACUCCCCAGCAUCAGGUGUAUUCUGAGGACAGUAUUUCUGAGAGAAUUGGACAGGACAGUGUCCAGGGUGGGAAGCAGGUGCGAUGGACCGUGGAGUCCGAGGUGAAGACAGAGUACAGUGAUGAGAACACCCAGGCAGACUACGAUGAUCGAAGUGACAGUGAGGGUUACACAUCAGACACGGAGACAUACACACAGAACUACACAGAUUCCAGACAAGCCAAGCCUCCUCCAAAAUCCAGGAAGGAGACAAAGAGUGUGGAGAUUCAAACACCGACCGACCCUGGGCUAAAAUAUCGCUGGAACCUGAUGUCGAGCGGCCUGGCUAUAUCCGGUCCCAGCCUUGGACUGGGCUUUGUGGACCCCACUCCUAUAGCCUCUCAUGUUGUCAGUGCAGAUGCUCUAGAAGCCAUGACAUCGUACAGUCCCUGUAUGCUGGCCCUCCAUGACCUGAUGAAGCAGCAGCUGGUCCUGACACAGAACUUCCUGGAGACCCAGAGACAAAUGUACGAAUCGACCACCUCCGUGUUGAAGGACAGCUACAAGUACACUACUCUGGAGGACACCCAGGAGUACAUUCGGAAACACCGUAAACCUCGGCUCUCCUUCAAGAAAGCACUGAAAAUGGUGUCAAGAGAAAUGAACAUGUGAGAAGGCCCAGUGACUGUACACUGAUAACUUAACUCAAGCAGAGGCCUAUUGCAGACUACCUGGAUCAGUGGAGAAACCAGUUGGGAUGUAGAUCCAUACAAGCAAGCAUUAUAUUUGUGGGACAAUCAGUUGACUAGUCUUGUCAGAGUUGUUUCCCCUUGUAUGCUUGAACAUGCAAAAACAUACACCCAUAGCCCUGUCACAGUGACAUCUUUGGAAUAUAGAAUUUGAAUUGUCUGGUGCAUGGCCCACAAAACAUACGCCCAUAGAACAGGCUAGCUGCUGGAUAAGCCGUACGUCCAGGUUUUCUGAUGCUUGAGGGUGUGGACAGCUGUAGGAUGGAGGAACAGUCAACACUCAUCAUUUGUUGAGAAGAACCACCUGAUGAACAUUCAUUCAUCUGGAAAUAUGUUAAAACAGACAAUGUCCCUUUGAAGGAUACUGUCUAUUCUCAAUAUCUCCUUAGCUUACAUUUUGGUAAAGCUAUAAUAACCCCUGGGUUCCUUUUGUUCUUGAUAUUGCAAAUUACCUGCCCUUGAUUUUCAUUAACAUUUCACUUACAAGUCAAUGGUUUACCUAAGGGAAAGGUAGGUAACUCUGAUUACCUAGAAACCAAAUAUAAUGCACAUGAGGACUUCCUUUCAAUUAAAAAUAUUUUUUGAGUUCUUUCUUUUGCAUGUAAGCCAGUUUUUUAGAUUGAAUUUCUCAGAAUCCCAGUCAUAAUCAAUGGGACUGGCUGCUACCUAUUUAUAUUGCAUAGUAACUUUGAGGCUUGUUUGUAGCUUGCAUUCUGAUUGGUAUGUUAGACCCAGUAGCAUAAUGAAAUUGGCAAGUGGAAGGCAAGGGUGGGUAAACUGAGGUAGCAACAACCACAGGAUCCAAGUGUCAUUUAACCAGAAUGCUAGCCCUGGAAGGGAUUGAUGCUGCUCUGAUGACAUCAAUAAUCGGAGACAACUUCGUCCCAAUAUAACAUGUCGUCACUAUCCACUAUGUAGGUCCUCAGCUUUGUCUAUCAUGUUCACUUGAAGAAAGUCCACCUCAACAGUGAUCCCAGAAAUGUUAUCACGUUGAGGACAACAUGAAUGUGGGGUGAUGAGUCCGUCCAUAGACUAUAUUUUGUAUCUAAUUUAUUGUAUAUAUCAUGUUAAAUCAUCCAUAUCUCACUGAAUAUUGUUGUAUAAUAAACAUAUGAUAAUU